GACGCUGUCAUAAAAGAUACGCAGCUGCACGAUGAAGGUGUACAAGGUGUCGGCAUGGCUUAAGGUCUUGGCCUGGAUUCUCUUGGCAGCCUUUGGCAUUAAAAUGCUGGCAAUGGUGCAUCCAGCCGUACGGCUAACGUCCGAUCGCACAGCCGGACACGGAGCCAAAUUGAUAAGCAAACAUAGCAUGCUCGAAGUACCGCCAGCCCCAUUGAAGGCGAAACCGAAGAUCGAAGGGCCCGCGGAUGAGCUGAAGGCAGUGGAGCAGCUGCUGCGCGACAAUGCGCAUCGUGGCUGGUCGUUCGAUGAGCAUUGUGCACCUUAUCCACGCUUCGAAGAUCUGAACAUUCAGAAUGAAUGCUAUCAACUCAGCAAAGGUGGCAAUGUUAGCUAUUAUCUGUAUAGCGCAUUCUACGAUCGCCGGCUGAGCGUCGACCGGCCACCGAGCAUCGUUUUGCUGGGCAUGAUUAGCCACUUUCACGGCCCCUUCGAGCGCACUUUUUGCCAGGUUUGGUAUGAGAACAGCAAUCGGCCGGAAUUGCUGGAGAUGACCAAACAGGACAAUGCGUGGUACGACAGCUGGGGCCUCGGAUCCGAUCAGGUUUAUCCGGUGCUCUUCACCUGCCCCCUAGUUGGUGGCGCACGUCGUCAGCGCGUACCACAACUGGUGUCAGUGGUCUUCGAGGAUCGCUGUGCACGUGCCAGCAACGCGCUGCGUGUUUACUAUAAAGCACCGGAGCGACGGCGUUCGCUGCGCUUUGGUGUCUGUGUCAAGGACUUACAAUUUCCUGAUGCGGAUAUGUCGGAACGUUUCGUCGAAUGGCUGGAGAUGGUGCGUCUGUUGGGCGCAGAGCGAGUCACGGCCUACUAUUUGGGUGGUAAUACUCUGCAUCCGAACACGAUUCGCACGCUGCGCCACUAUGAGGAACACGACGGCUUGGUGCAGCUGCGUCCAUUCCGCUUGCUCGAGGGCGUAGCAAAGCCGGCGAUUCAUGUGCAGCUGAACAAACGACUGAACGAGGUGCUCAUGUACAACGAUUGCCUCUAUCGCAAUAUGUACGACUUUGAUUAUUUGGCUGUGAUGGAUGUGGACGAGUUGAUCAUGCCGCUGGGCCAGCUGCACAACUGGACGGCAUUGGUCGAGCGACUCGAACAGAAUCCAGACGGCGACAACAACGGACUACCUCAGGGCGACAGCAACUGUUUGGUCCACUGCAGCUUGUGCUUUCGCAACAUUUACUACUCCAGAGAGCUGGAGCAGGACAAGACACCGCCGGCUCGCUUCUACAUGCUGCGUCAUGUGCAGCGCGUGGCACGGCAUUCCGAUGAAAAUUCAGCCGUUAAAUGCCUGCAUGCCACGGCCUAUGUGACCGCAGUGCACAAUCACUUUCCGCUGAGCUGGCGGGGGGCAUGCUAUCCGCACGAUGUCUCCGUCGCCCUGGGCCAAAUGCAGCAUUAUCGCGAGCCGGACGACGUAAACGAACUCAAGGAGCCGCCGCCGGUGCGCGACGACAACAUUUGGCGCUUCAAAGAGCAGCUGAUCCACAAUGCUCUGGCCGUCCAUCGACAGCUUGGCUGGUCGCUGUCCUAGGGUCCAGGCAUUUAUCACUAUGUGCUUCUUCUGCUCGAGCAGUGAAGGAGCUGUGUGUUUUAGGUGGCGUAUACUCGAUAUGACGAUAGAUAUCGGUCUUCAAAUAUAAUACUUUCUGUUUGAAUCCGUUAUAGUCUAAGAUUUAGGGCUAAAAUAUGUUUUUUUUGUA